AAAUUAUGGGAUCACUUCAACAAUAUAUUGAAAUGGAAAGCUUUUUAUACUUUCAAAUCUUUACUCGAAUUCUAUCAGAUCGCAUUGUAAGCUAAAGAUAUGUCUGAUUUCGGACCCGAAGUGAAUGCCAUUUGGCCAAUUGAUACUAAUGCUGAAUUAAUUCAAAAAUUGAGUGUUUUUGGCAAAAAACUAUUGACACAAUGUCAGAAAGUGGAAAAACCCAAAGCUGGACUCGACAAUGUUUCAAAAUUCAUACAAAAAUCAAGGAAAUUCCCACUGCCGUUUGGCGUAAAUACAUGUCGGAUUAUGAGUCAGCCGAUGGAAAGACGUCCAGAAAUGGAAAAACAGAUUUCCUCUGUAUAUCCAGUAAUACAUGAACGCACUUUAUUAUUGUAUCUCAACUAUUUGGAACACAAAACGCUGUGGUGUAAUGAGGUGGAACGUCCUGUCUAUGAAUCCCUCUCAUUGUGUGCGUUUAUUCAGCGUCUAUUGGAGAAACGAUGCGCCAGUUUCUUUGCCCGCCAGGACACAUUCCUUCUCUUAUCUGGUCAUAAAGGAGCUGGCGGCUUUGAGUCCAUUGGCACCACCAAAGAAAAGUCACCUUUAAAGCUAGAGCAAUGCCUUAGUUAUGAUGAUAUUAAAAUGGCAGCUCUACUAUCUGUUAGUUCGCAUACGGAAUUCAUCAAUGAGGGCGAGCGUACCAAUUGUGGCCGCGUUCAACGUGAUCGUCGAAAACUAGAGCCCGAGGGCGUAAUCAUGGGUCUUAUAGGGGCUCGCUUAUCGCGUCCGCAUUUGAUGGAGUUUCAAGACAUUAUCAUAUCGCGCUCUCAAAACACACAAUUGGCCGGCUAUGGAUGUCGUGGACCAGAGCCAAAAACUCAAGCUGAAAGCUAUCGACAAAUUUGGCGUAAAUUUUAUGAGACGGAAGACUUUAAGUAUGGCCAGGUUUAUGCCGAUAAUCAACGCUUUGGUCAUGUUUCAAACAAUGAGAGAGAUGUAUUUGAUAAUAUGGUAAUGAAACGACGAUAUGCCAUUACCUUUGACAUGUUGCUGCUGGAGGCUCAGGCUAGAGCCAUGGCUGCAGAUAAACUAGCCUAUAUACAUGUGGUAGGUUUCGGUUUGGGUGUAUGGAAAGUUGCCAAGCAGCAGGAGCAAAUCUUUUUGGAAACAUUCGAGCAACGUCUAAGGCAACUGGGCGAAUGCCUUACACACAUUGGGGUGGUCCACUUCUCAUGGUUCACAAUAACACAUUGCGGUGGUCUAUACCAUAAUGCACGCAUACCCAUUGCUAAACAUCCCCACAAGGGUAUAAGUAUCCAAAUGUCCAAACGUGAUCCGGCACAGAAAUUUGCGCAAACAGAACAUCAAAAUAUGCUAUUGGUUGUCUCUUAUGCUUGGGAUGGCAAUGCCUUGCCAGGCAAUGAAUUCUGGAUGAACAAACUAAAAUCAACGGGAGACUCAUCAACGGCCUGCUCCACACUGAUUACUGAGCUGCAUAAUCCACAUAUAAAUACGGAGUACUGUAAUGGAAAUAAUUUACAUAUAGCAUCACCGAAAUUGGGUAUAAUUCACAUAGCUGAAUAUGCAAAGACUGUUUUACCAGGAAAUUAAGAAGCCUCAAGUCCCUAUCCUCACUAUGAAAACACAAUUUUUUUGAAAUUCCCGCGACGAUAAGCAUUUGUAAUCAGCCCUGAUAUUAUUUUAUAUGACACAUCGCCGAAAUAGUUGCGAAACGUAAACAUAAAUAUAAACAUCAUGGCCCUAAAA